AUGCUUGUCCCGCCGCCGAACUUUGGCAUGGUGGAAGAGAGUCUGUACCGCUCAGGGCAGCCGGAUCAGCUCAACUUUCCUUUUCUCGAGAAGUUGGGCUUAAAGAGUGUCAUCUGGCUCGCUCCGGAGGAGCCCGAGAUUGGAUUCCAGCACUUUUGUGCGGACCAAAACAUCGAGGUGCACCACCUCGGCGUGCUGUACAGCACCAAUGCGUGGGACCCGAUUACAGAAGAGAUUGUGCUCCAGGCGCUGCACCUCCUCGUGCAGCCGAGCACCUACCCCUGCCUGGUGAUGUGCAACCUGGGCCGGCAUCGCACCGGCACCGUGAUCGGCUGCCUGCGCAAGCUGCAAAAGUGGAACUUGAGCGCGAUCCUCGAAGAAUACCGUCGGUUUGCCGGCCCCAAGGUCCGUGUAAUGAACGAGCAGUUCAUCGAGCUCUUUGACGAGGAACUCGUCUUUGGCGAUAAUGAUGCAUAG